GUUUCGUUCUGUCCAGAGACCGGGUCAGAGGACAGGAUCGGAGUCCAGAGCAGGGUUUUAGAUCUGGGGCCACUUCAACAUGCCGAGGUCCUUCCUGGUGAAGAGCAAACGGGCCCACAGCUACCACCAGCCCCGCUGCCUGGACGAUGACUGCAGCAGGCUGGACACUGUUCUGGCUCGCGUGUGCGCAGGGACCAAGUCUCAGGAGGAGUUCGGGUCCAGCUCGGAGCUGCAGGAAGACGUGAGCGGCGCUGAGCGAGGGUCCCCGGGCUCCCUGUCCUCCAGCUCCCCGCUGAACUGCAGGGGCAGCGACAGGUCCUCGGACUGUGACUACUGGAGACCACCGUCUCCGUCCUCCUCACCAGAGUCAGACAAGUGUCGCCCCCCCUCAGCGGACUUCAACAUCCCGCUCUUCUCUUACCCCUGGUCCGCCUUCUCGGGCUCCGAGCUUGGGCACCUGGCUCAGAGCCACCUCCGGGGCCACGGUGGCCCCCGCUCCCCGGCUGCGGAGGACAGCAGAGGGGAGGUGCUUUACGCACGGCGGGACCUCGGGGCCGGAUGCUUUCGGGACUUGUCCCCCGCGGCCCGCAGACUCUGCAGGAUGCGGGAUGGAGAGGAGUUCACGCAGCCGCGCGCGGCGGAGAUCAAGUCCGAGGAAGACUUCAUCGUGUCCAGCCUGGAGACAAACGGGUCCUACAAGUGCAUCAAGUGUUGUAAGGUGUUCUCCACUCCGCACGGGCUGGAGGUUCACGUGCGACGCACACACAGCGGCACGAGGCCGUUUGAGUGCGGGAUCUGCGGGAAAACCUUCGGACACGCAGUGAGUUUGGAUCAGCACCGAGCAGUCCACUCACAGGAGAGGAGCUUCAGCUGUAAAAUCUGCGGAAAGAGCUUCAAGCGCUCCUCCACGCUCUCCACGCACCUGCUCAUCCACUCGGACACGCGGCCGUAUCCGUGCCAGUACUGCGGGAAGAGGUUCCACCAGAAGUCGGACAUGAAGAAGCACACCUUCAUCCACACAGGUGAGAAGCCACACAAGUGUCAGGUGUGUGGGAAGGCGUUCAGUCAGAGCUCCAACCUGAUCACACACAGCCGGAAGCACACGGGCUUCAAACCCUUCGGCUGUGAUCUCUGCGGGAAAGGUUUCCAGAGGAAGGUGGACCUGAGGAGACACAAGGAGACGCAGCAUGGACUGAAAUGAGCUCCUCAGGUCAUGGUUUAGUU